AUGUCAAUAAAAAAGUCGGAUGCCUUUCAAAAUCAAAUCAAAUCAAUCAACAAUCGAUUUUAUUUGUAUUUAUCCAAAUGUCAAAAUGAUGUAUCAUGUGCGAACGCUUUCAAACGUGUCACUGGCACUGAUGAAGAUAUUAUAACUGUUACAUUAACAUUACAAAUGCAGUUCUUGACUAAUCUCACAAAUCCUACGUGUACAACUAAUUUAGGAUUGAAUACUUGGAGUUUAUUUCAUAGUAUUGCUAGUCAAAGCAUUGAACUCAUUUCGGUUCGUCCACUUGCUGCAAUACUCAUUGCACGUCUAUAUCGUUGCUCAGCUGAAGAUCAACGAGUUCUAUCGCGAGCAAUACCAAAUUUGAUUGCCGUAGCAGAACAAUCGUUAGCACCAAGUUUAGUCGAUCCACCAACUGUACAUCCAGAUGAUGGAAAUGUUUUAAGUAUAACAACAGUAUGGAGUGAUUUUGUUGGUUUUACUUUGGAAGAAAAUUUCAAAACGAAUCCUAGUUUUUUCAAUGAUUUUUGCAUCAAUAGUGGCGUUCUGAAUGAAUAUUAUUUAGCACCAACAGGCCCAUUGCCAGUGUGUCGUGAAGUACAGUCAGCAAAAUACAACUAUACCAUUCCAUCCAUAUUUACUGAUAUUUUAUAUACAAAAAAUCCUCGUUAUUGGGGACAAUUUCAAGUGAAUCCACAGAUAUUUCGAUCGACUAACGGUGGAGCAUUGCUUUUGAACGGAGAUCUAGAUUAUAAUUCACCCAUGUAUUCAGCACAACAAACUCAGCUAUGGCUCCAAUCUGAACAUAUUCGUACAAAAUUAAUCGAAAUGAAAGGUUUAGCACAUGUCACUAGCGUACAAUCACAUACCAAACAAGGUGGAUUUCAAUCAACAACAUGUACAGAUCAGAUUAUCGUUCAAUUUUUGUAUCAACAAGAGCUGAAUUUAGAUUUAGAAACGAUCAAUUAUACGUGCAGUUUGAAAGAAAAUUUAAUUGGCAUUGAUUGGCUGUAUUCAAAUCCCAUUGUCAAUCAAACAUUGCAUACAUUAUUCGGUAAUUCAGUCAUUGAUUAUUGGGGAAUAAACGCAACAGAGGUGGAAUUAGUCGAAACAACAACAAAAUCAACUGCGAACCAGUCUGCACGGCUUUCUUGUAAACAUUUAUCUAAAUUAAAAGAUACUGCAAUGUCGCGAUUGUCAACAAGAAAAAGUUUAAUUUCUGAAAUCAGUUCUACCACUGAUGAAGAUUCGUCGCUAAAUGUGCCCAACAUCAAUUAUACAGCUCAGCCAAAAAAAUACUCAAAUUCGCCUGAGAAAAAAUCAAAUAAAUUCAAAUCCAUUUUAUCAAAUUGCGCAGCAUCGGUGUCUCCGAAAGGUUCCAAACCAUUAUCUCGAGUUAUUCCGGAUGACGACACAAUGUCUAAUCAUCCAUUAUCAUUGCCAUAUGAUACUUGCGGAGAAUCUUUACCUCUGACUAAAUGCAAACUGUGUCUUCAGACAACAUCAGACCAUUCAUUAUCUUGUUGUUCGUCAGCUGUUUGUUCAUCAUGCAUUUCUUCUUAUUUAUCUAUGCAUAUUACUAAAGAUCAAAUUCGUAUAUUUUGUCCAUCGUGUCGACAUAUAUUUACUCGCGAUGAAAUUCUAUCAUUAUUAUUUGAAAACAAUUGCAAUCGAAAGCUAGUGGAAGAAUAUACACGCUGUUAUGCUGAUAUAAACCGUGAGGAACAUAGAAAAACUUGUCCUAAAUGUUGUACAAUAAAAGAAAUUAAUAAAGAUUUACUUCAAAAUGUUCGUGGAAGGAAAAAUACUCCGCGACAUGUUAUUUGUGAUGACUGCCAAUUUGAAUGGUGCUUUUAUUGUCAUGUGGCAUGGCAUCAUGAAAUGACUUGUGAGGAAUAUCGUGACGGAGAACAAAUGAUUCGAACAUGGACAUCACGAAUUGGUGAUGAUCAGCAAAAUGUACAACAAUGUCCACGAUGCAAAACAUUUAUAUCAAAAAUUGGUGAUUGUUCAAAUAUGAGCUGCUCCAAAUGCCAGUGUGAUUUUUGUUGUAGGUGCGGAAAAAGAAGAUUACAAAUGAAAAUUUUAGGUUCACAUGACGACCGCUAUUCUCUUUUUGGAUGUAAAUAUAAUUUAUACCCAGAGAAACGUGCUUUACGUUAUACAACUCGUGGUCUAGUUGCAGGCACUGCUUCACUGGUUGUCCCUCUCGCCGUUGCCACUGGUAUUACACUAUGCGCUGAAGGAACAGCAAUUGGAUUACCAACCUACGGAACAUAUCCUUUAGUUAAACAUAUACAUAAUAAAAACCGAGCUCGCCGUUCAAGCUGUCAGCUAGUAUCACGAAAUUUGAAUGAGGGAAAUUUAAAUUACAUCGACGACGAUGGUUUUAUCCGAGACGUUGAACAGAGAUCACUUUUAUACAAGCAAGAGAUGAAGCAAUCGAAAAAAAUAUCGAAGAAUCAAAUUAAUGGAUGUGAUGAUGACAAUCAACAUGAACAUUCAACUCUUGAUCAAUGGUUAGUUGAUAAUAAAUAA